UGGACCGGAUCAGUCCGCUCCGUAGAGCCGCUCCGCUGCUGCUGGUCCCCGCUGAGCUCCCGACCGCCUCCCGGAGGAUCAUGGAGUAAAAUGGCCCACAACCACCGCAGCUUGUUCUUUGAAGCCCUGGAUAGAUCAGACACCAGGCCAGAUGGAGGCUACAAGCACAACUGGAGCUUUUCUCUGUCUGGUGACAGUGAAGAGGAGAGGAGUCAUGAUGCGAGCGUGGUGAGCGUGGAGGAGAUGGAGCGCCAGCAGAACUCCUCCCCGGAGGACAAGAAGUCUCCAACUCUUCGACACUUCACCUCCUCCGACCCUUUGAGAACGUAUGAAAACCGGCCAAAUAAUCACAUGAGGCCUCUCAACAAGCUGGCCCCCAAAAGGCUCACCGAGGUCCCUCUCACAGUAGCAACGUCCUCCCCGAUCCCCAACAGAACCAACUAUUUCAUCAUCAGUCCGGCUCCUUCGCAAGGAAUCGUCUUACAGGGACGACACUUCCAGCACGCACAGAUGCCCUCCGCAAUAAGGAAACCAGUCCAAAGCAGCCUUGAUUUGAAGGAAAGAAACGACUUCUCCACCACGCAGCAAGCUGUAGAAGUGGACAGCAUCGUCCUCACCUGUCCAGAGAUCUCAGAAGAGGAAAACUUGAACAUAAAGCGCCGCGCCCAGCCGAAGAGGAAACUGCUGGAGGGAUGCUGCUCUUUCCCCACGCAGGUCAAAGCAGCCGAGCCCCUGCGGCCGGCCGUCUACCAGCCUGUGUGUGUGAAGUGCAGCCAGCCUUGUGAGGACGGCAGCAGGUGUGUGAGCUGUGGCUCGGGCCCCGUGCUGCUGCCCUGCCAGCAGGCCACGCUGUCGUCCCCGACCCCCCGGCCCCCCAUCCGCUCCCAGCCCUCCCCCGGACCAAACGGCCCCCAGCAGAGCUUCUACAAACCGGCCACCACCAUGAGGGGGCCCCGCGGGGAGACCCUGCCCAUCAGGAUCACCACCACCACCACCAGGACCACUCUGGUCCCUCUGAGCAACGGCCGGGCCCCGCUGCUAGCCGGCACCUCGGCCGGCUGCUGCGGGGCCCGAAACCCCCCCAAAGGGAAGAGGACGGCAGCACAGCACGAGCUCAACGACCCCAUCGUCCUGUCCAGUGACGACGAGGAGGACGCCGACAACGCCAGCACAGGAAGCGUCAACAGGCUGGACAGCGUCUCCCCCCGGCCCGCUGACUCCGCCCACUCCUCGCCGGCGCCCUCCGGAGGCCGGGUGGAGGCGGCGGUGAAGAGCGCCGGGGAGCAGGAGGAGCCCAACACCGACUUCUUCGACGACGUCAACAUGAAGAUCACGAUACCGAGGAGAGCCCGGAUGAAGGAUCAGUUUGGGAACCAGCCCCCCGAGCAGUUCUCCCCCAGGACCAAGAAGCCCAAGUUCAUGUCUGGUAAAUGUGACAGCAUCAUCCUGGAGUGUCGGAGCGUCCGGGUGGGAACGCUGCGCAGGAUGGUCACCAAGCCCGUCGUGUUUUCCAUCGACCACAUCCAGCUGGAGACUGAAGGGGCGGAGGUGAACACGGUGGAGAAGGUGUGUCUGCAGGCCUCGGGGCUGCUGGGCUGUGAGUGGUGCAGCGUCAGGAAGCUUCCCGUCUUGUUCUUCCAGACGACUCCGGAGGAAUGUGUCCGUCUGAGGACGCAGCUCAACAUGUCCAAGGAGGACGGGGCGCAGUGGUACGACUGCACCGGGGACCAGAUGGAUGAGAAGUUCAUCGUGCUGAUCUUUGAGAACGGCCUGGCGAUGAAGGAGCAGAUGAUCCUGGAGGACAUCCUGGGAGAGAUCGGACGCACCAACAACCUCAGCAACUUCCCCGCCAAGCUGACCUUCGAGGAGGCCAACAUCCGCCUGGUCAACUACAACAAGGCCUCCAAGCAGAAGGAGGAGAAGGAGAAGCCGGUCCAGACUCCUCCCAGACUGGCCUCCACGGUUACCAGGGUUACCCCGAUGACGCCGGUUACCCCGGUGACGCCCGGCGCCGUCCCCGCCCGCACACGGAUGGCGACGCGCCAACACACCAGCACCGCCUACUUCGAAGAGGACGACGAGGACAUGACGGACCUGCAGCCCACCUUCUCCGGACCAAUCGUCAAACUGAUGGUGUACCCUCCUCCUCCAGCCAAAGGAGGGAUCUCGGUGACUAAUGAAGACCUCCACUGCCUUAACGAUGGAGAGUUCCUCAACGACGUUAUCAUAGACUUCUAUUUAAAAUAUUUAGUAUUAGAGAAAUUAAAAAAAGAAGAUGCACAAAGAAUCCACGUGUUCAGCUCCUUCUUCUACAAGAGGCUGAACCAGAGAGAGAGGAGGAACGCCCCCGACACCACCAACCUGCCAAUCCAGAAGCGGAAGCACAACAGAGUGAAGACGUGGACUCGGCACGUGGACUUGUUCCAGAAGGAUUUCAUCUUCGUCCCCAUCAACGAGUCAGCUCACUGGUACCUGGCCGUCAUCUGUUUCCCGGGUCUGAGCGGUCCGCUCUUCGAGCCCAACCCGCUCUACCAGAGCCAGCUGUCGGGCCCCGAGCCGUCGGAGGAGGGGCCCCCGGACCACUGCCGGCCCCUGUCCCCCGACAGAGACGGGCUGGACGACAGCACGCCGUCCCCUGGGGGCCUGGAGGCGUCCGGGGGGGGACAGACGGACGGCGAGCUGCUGAAGGAGAGCGGGACCCUCACAGAGGGACCCGAGUCCUCCAAGACCCCCGCAGCCUCGGGAACAGGGGACCCGGAGCAGCAGUACACCAGCGAGCUGCACAGAAUCAGUGUUUGUUACGGUUCGGGGAAAGGAGAAGACGACACGUUCACCUUCUCUGACGACCAGAGCUCCUGUCAGGACGAGUGCAGUGAGGACGGGACUCUGGCUGAAGACACUCUGAGCUCUGACGCUGCUGCUCUCGCCUCCAAACUCAACAUCUGCAGACAGCCUUGUAUCCUGAUCAUGGACUCACUGAGAGGACCGGCCCGCUCCACCGUCGUAAAAACCCUCAGAGAGUACCUGGAGGUGGAGUGGGAGGUGCGUAAAGGGAGCGUGAGGAGCUUUGGGAAGGAUGUGAUGAAGGGCUCCAGCCCCCGAGUGCCUCAGCAGGACAACUUCAGCGACUGUGGAGUUUACGUCCUGCAGUACGUCGAGAGCUUCUUCGAGAAUCCGAUCCCCAGCUUCCACCUGCCGGUCAACCUGUCCGAGUGGUUUCCUCAGCCGCGGAUGAAGACGAAGCGCGAGGAGAUCAAGGAGCUGAUCCUCAAGCUGCAGGAGCUCCAAGAACUGGACCGCAAGGAGGCGGAGCAGGCGGAGGCCCCGCCCCCCGCCUCCCCCGGCGGGGAGCCCGAGAUCGAAGAGACUUCUGGGUCCACGGGCCCCCCGCCAAACCUCCCCAUCGGCCCCUGAGCCUCCUCCUCCUCCUCCUCCUCCUCCUCCUGACGUUACGCUGCUGGUGUCUGAAACGAUCCUUAACUCCCUCCAUUCAAACACACACACACACACACACACACACACACACACACACACCUUUAAAUUUGUAUUAAAUAAAAACAUGAAGUGUAAAUACGUUGGAGUUUUUCCGCUGCCUUUGUAAUUUACUGUUUUCUGACUCCUGAGUCAUGAAGCCCAUUGUUAUUAUUAUUAAGUUAUGUUUUCAUAGAUGUUCUUCUCUCCGGGAGGAUCUGUGCAGAAGAUACUGUUGCUGGUCUCUUGCAUCGUUAUUUUUUAUGCUUUUUAGUUGUGUAGAAGAAGAAAAAAGAGAAAGAGAGAAGAAGAAGAAGUGGUGGAGGAAGUUGCUGUUGUUUGUGUGAGUGAACAAUCCAGAAGCUGACGAGUCACAUACGUAGUUCUGUGCUUGUUGUGUCUCUUCAUGUCGACUGGAUGAAUUUUCAGCAUUAAAAGCAACUCUGGAUGCAAGAGCA